AUGGUUCGACGCCGCUCAGCCUCGCCAAAGCCUUCACCACCCGUGCGUUCUGCACCGCCUGCACAAAGGGCCCCAAUGGCUCGCGCAGCUCCACCACCGAUGCCUCCUCGGGCUGCCCCCGCCGGACCAGCGGGUGGACCUACUAUGGGUGCACCAUCGCAGGGGCCAGGCCUAUUUGCACAAAUGGCAGCUACAGCCGGAGGAGUAGCCAUCGGAUCAGCCGUCGGACACACUGUUGGUCACAUGAUGACUGGAGGAGGUGGAGGUCAUCAGGAAGCAGCGCAGAGCCAAGCACCUGCCGCUGCUCCCGCCGGACAACAAUAUUCAAACCCAUGUGAAUUUGAGUGGAAGCAAUUUAUUGAAUGUACGGAAAAUCAAUCGGAUGUAUCGUUAUGCCAGGGUUUCAACGAGUCUUUCAAACAAUGCCGCGCUCGAUAUCCU